CACUUGCUGGUUACAACAUUCUGGUGAAUGGUCGGGUAGACAGUCCAUACAAGAAGACAUGGUUUAUGGACCUUUAUGGUUACCAAUGUCAAAACUUCUGAACAAAGACGUUUUUUACAAUAGGACACAGAUAUUGAUCUACUAGAAUUGUGUAGGCCUUGACAUAGACUGAUCAAAACCACUCUGUGCUGGACAAUAAUUUUGGUUUGAAGAGUCAGCGAUAAAAAAGGAACACACAGAAUGACGGAGGUGAGAUUGAAUCUACCGUCACCAGAGUUCACUGCCCGUCACAAUCUACCCGUACCCGUCUACCCGGUACUCAGUGAUAUUUUACCCCCUUAGUCUCCAGUGGGCUAUAUAGAGUUCACUGGAGUCUCCACGAUAAUAUUCAAAAUGGCCUCCAAGUCUAGUAAUAACACGUGGACAAAAAAGACAAUAGUGCAAUAUUUUAUUUAAAUGUCUUGGAAAUAUUAUUAAACUACAGAAUACAAACGUUAAGAUAUGUGAUGAAUAAGGAAAAAUCAACCAGCUUGCACCACAGCGCAUCUGUACCUUUAUUGCAAGACAAAACCCUUGAAUUAAAAGAUUUUUCAGAUACAAAUGUUGUACGAGAACAGAGUUUGUAUCAUUUCAUUGACGAGGAAAAGACGUCAAGGACUUCAAGAAGACUGGCAGGUCUCUUCGGAAAGUCACCAAGAGAACUUCAUUCAGAUUAUGCCAAUAUAUCGUUACAUCAGGCUGCAAGAGAUGGAAGAGUUGACCUUGUUGAAAAAAAGCUUCAAUUAUUAGGAAAGAAUUCUACCAAAAUUAGUCAACAGGAUAAAGAUGGCUCGACUGCUUUGCACUAUGCUGUCAGAUACAAUCAUCUUAAUAUUGUCAAGAAGUUAGUGGAGUGGGGAGCAUGUGUUGGUUCAAAGGGAGAGAAUGGUGCUACACCUCUCCAUCUUGCUGCAAGGUUUCAAGUAGACAGACCCAUUGAGUCUGUUAAAGGUACAUCAAGAACUGUCACACCUGAAGAGACGCCAAAAUGUUCAAAGAAACAACUAGAAGCUAAAUUAGCUUCUGAAAAAUUGUCGACAAACAAUACAUCACAAAAGUCAUACUUAAAACCUCCAAGCUUUGGACUUAGAAAAAGGGAUAGUGGAGGUAUUGAACGCAAAAUUUUAAAGAAUGCAAUAGAUGCUUUGAUGAAGGAAUCCAUCAUUUCAUACCUCCUUUCUCGAAAAGCAAGCGUGAACGGCUGUGAUGACUUUGGAUGCACUCCUCUUCAUUAUGCUGUGUCAAAAUGUAAUGAAAAUGCUGUUGUACAAUUACUAGAAGACAAAAACAUUGAUCUUGAGGCAAAAGACAAGACAGAAAUGACAGCAUUGCACUGUGCAGCAUUAGAGGGCUCAGUGAAAAUUGCCAAAUUGUUAGUUGAUGCUGGUGCAUGUUUACGAUGCUUUGAUGAAGAAGGAAUGACUCCUUUACAUUUUUCAGCAAUGGAAGGUAGUCUGGAUGUAGCAAAAUAUCUUUUUGAAGUUGCUGAAAAUAAAGGUGGAUGGGAAACUCUAUCCAAGAUGGUCUUAGAUCAAGACAGAGAAGAACAAACUGCAUUGCAUCUGGCUGUGGAAAAUGGCCAUUAUGAAAUUGUAAAGCUUCUCAUUGAGAAGGGAACAAAUGUGAAUUGUGUCAAGGCAAAUCUGGUGGCACCAUUACAUCUUGCUACUACAAAUGGACAUUUAGAUAUUGUUAAACUUUUGCUCAAUUAUGAUGCAAAUAUUGAAGCUAAGACAGCCAUGCAAAGAACUCCUUUAAUGAAGGCAGCAACAUUCAACAGAAUUGAGAUUUUGAACUAUUUGUGGAAAAAAGGAGCAAACCUGGAGUGUCGCGAUCGUGACAAGAAUACUCCAUUAUUGAUAUCUGGGAAGAAGAACCAUAUUGAGUCAAUGAUGUUCUUGUUAGAACAUGGUGCUGACCUCAGUGCAAAAGACAAAAAUGAUAGAAAUGUUUUUCAUCAUGUUGCUGUUGAAGGAUGCCUUGAAACAUUAAAGUAUCUUCUGAAUGAUAAACGCAGCAAGAAAUUAUUGAAUGAACCUGACAAGUUUGAAGAUACAGCACUACAUUUAGCAGCAAGCAAAGGAUUUGAUGAGAUAGUUCAUGUUAUGUUAGAAAGUGGAGCUGUGAUUGAUGCUAAAAAUGAUCAAGAUCUUACUCCACUGCACCUUGCUGCAAAGAAUGGAAGAACAAGAGUGACAAUGAUAUUAAUCAAGCAAGAUCCUUCAAUUAUGAAUGAUGAAGAUGAUUGUUCAAACACACCACUUCAUCUUGCUGCCCUGCACGGCCAUAUCCGAGUUGUUGAAUUGUUGCUUAACCAAGGAGCAGCUAUUGAUGCCAGAAACAACACGUUAUGGACGCCAUUAGAUUGUGCGGCGGCUGAAGGAUGGACAAGAACUGCCACAAUUCUUCUUAAUAAAGGUUCUCCUGUUGAUCCUUUAGAUAAAUCAAAGACUACUCCACUUCAUCUCGCGUGUCGAGAAGGACAUCCUGAUAUGGUGAAAUUACUUUUUUCAAGAAAAGCUGACCUCACAAUGACUGAUCACGAAGGAAAAAAUUGUUUGGAUAUUGCUAUCGAUCAUGGACGGAAAGAUGUUGUCUUGGAAAUUCUUAAACACGCUCAAUGGAAGAAAGUUAUGAGAAAUCGUACAACAGACGGAGUCACAGUAACUACUCCAAUGAGAAAACUCAUAAAGAAACUUCCAGAUCUUGCAAUGAAAGUGUGUGAUCGUUGUUUUCAUGCAAAGGAACCCGUGAAUCAUUUGGAUUACAACAUCACGUUAAAUUACGAGUUCUUGGACGAUAUUAAUGCUGAAUGGUUUGAAAACGAUACCUGCACUGAUACUGCAGCAGAUGACGGACACGCUAUGGAAGAUAUCGUUUAUAAGAUUAAGAAGGCUUUACCUGAAAACUCAACAAGACAGCUCCAGACAAAACAAAAUCAUCCUCUUAUACUAAUGGUUUCAUUUGAACGAGAGAAACUCUUGAAACAUCCAUUGGUCACAUUCUUACUACGACACAAAUGGCGUCGUUAUGGUCGUUAUGUUUAUUAUGCGAGUUUUACCUUCUACAUGGUAUUUCUACUGUUCCUAACUGGUUAUGCUUUGGUUACUAAUAAGAAAUUCCCUCCUGGUCACUGUGUUGCCCCACAAUGUAACUGCAGCUUGUUUCAUGGAAUUGAAGCAAAGAACGGGUUUGAAACAUUCUGGAUCAACGUUGGUCGUACCAUCAUAUUAAUCAUAACAAGUUUCGUCCUUAUUAUUAAGUUAUUCAAAGCUGUUUGUUUAUGGCGAUUAUUUCUCACUUGGCAUGAGUUGCUUGAACUAGGAACAUAUAUAUCUGCGAUCGUAUUUGUCACGAAUAAAAGUAAACGAACACAGUCAUCAAGCUGUUUCUAUCUUCACAACAGCAUUGGUGCGGCGUCCUUGUGUCUUGCAUGGUUCACGCUUGUCUUGUCAAUGAGAAAAUUUCCAAAACUUGGUAUUUACGUCGUCAUGUUCACUGAGAUGUUCCGGACGUUUGCCCAGUUCUUCGUUGUGUUACUUCUUUUUAUAAUUGCAUUUGGUUUGGGAUUCCAUGUUCUCUUGUACAACCAGGUUCCAUUUUCAACGCCAGGUCGUUCAAUGUUGAAAACUACAAUGGGAAUGUUAGGAGAAUACGAAUAUGACACUGUAUACAAUGAAGGAUAUGUUCCUCCUGUCACCUGGGCUGUCUAUGUUGGUUUUCUGGUUAUCAAUUGUGUCAUCAUUGUCAAUUUACUUAUUGGAUUGGCUGUUGAUGAUAUUAAAGGCGUUCAAGACAAAGCUGCUCUUAAACGUUUAGCAAUGCAGGUUGAUUUGGCGUUGGAUGUGGAGAAAGUUCUUCCGUUGUUUCUUCGCCGAAAACUUGUCACGAUGAAGGAAACAGUUUAUCCAAAUAGAGAAGGAUAUCGGAGUAUCUGGUCUUUCUGGCACCAGACUCUCACAACUCCAGCACAAGUUAUUAAUGAUGCUUUAUAUCCUGCAACGUCACCAAUUGAGAGAAUUCAUAAACAACAAGAGCUUCUACAAUAUGAUGUGACCAAGAUGAAGACGAGGUUGAAAACGUUGCAGACUCGUACUGUUCGUCUGGAGGCCAUGUUGAAGGCGAUCCUAGGACAUCAUGGCAUUGAUAUCAAACCUGAAAUUGACGAAGACGAUGCAGAACUUAAGUGGGAUACUUCAGAUGAUGAAGAUAGAUAUAUUCCAGGGUAGAAUCUGGUGUACGAAAUAGAAUUAUAAAUUCUAUUGGUCUAUAAAUUCUAUUUCUGAUAGAAUGGGGUCAACGAAUUAGAGAAUGGAGUGAGUAAAAAGUAAAAACUUCUGGUAAAAAGUUUGGCAUAAUUUGCCAUGUCCCUGCCUGAAAAAUGUAAACAAAUAUGUGGAUUUUUUCAAAAUUAAAUUCCUUCCUGUUGA